AUGGUACAUAAGUCCUAUUUGAGUCCAGAGAAACUUCUUCCUCUAAAGACGAUUAUUGCUUCAAUUACCGAUGAUUUGAACCCAAGUUUAGAAAGCGUUUUCCUACAAGGAAAAGAAUUUGUCUUUGCUGAUCUUCUCAAUUUCUCACUUGAUCUCCUUAAAGAUCGAAAGCCCAAUUACCACACCUUGCUUUGGUCUUUCAUUCUUAAUAAACUUUUGGUGAAGCUUGCUAUUGUGGUGAAUGGUAAUUUAUCUGUUACUGGUGGUCAACUAGCACAAGCAGACGGCUCAGACAACAAUCCCUACAAAAAUGUAUUCAACGAAGUAUUUGAACUUACUACUACUUAUUUGAUGAACUUGAAUACCGGAACUGCAGGGAAACACAGCACAAUUACUGCUAUAAGUCCAGCUGUUAAGCAUGGUGAGCCAAUUUUGUGCUAUUGUUUUGAAUAUUUUAGGAAUAUCGUUACAUUGUUGAAUGAAUUAGCGAUUAAAUUGGAAGCAACAGUGAAAGUUACCCAAAUGUAUGCAAAAGUCAUACUGCAUUAUAUUGGUGAUUUAAAUCUCAAACAGUUUACUCCGCUUUGGCCAAUUGUCCAGGUGAAUAGGUAUCAUCUUUUGGAGGACCGAGAUUAUGAUAGCACGGAAUACGACAUUGCCAUGGAAAAUAUUCGUGCUGUUACUGAUAUUGAUUUUAAGUUUUACAGCGUGAAUGUUUCCAACAAAAAAGUGUCUCUUUAUGAUGAGUUGGUUGAGUUUUAUUAUUUUGGUGCUUUGAAUUCAUUUCAUUCUGGUAAUUUUGAUGAAGCACAUUCACAAUUUGUUAUAGUUACUAGAAUAUUAGCUAUUAAUUCCAGAUUUAGGGUUGAAAUACCUGAAAAUAUUUUCGCUGCUUGUGGUUUUGAUGUUUCAAAUUUGCCUGUGUCUGAUUUGCUUAAUAAUAGGAGAAGAAAAACUCGUGGUUGCGGAGGACAAAUACCAUUGUCCCAAAUGAAUUUAAAUAAUGAAAAUAUUUUUAAUCUGAGUCAUUCGACGAAUAAUAGAGCUGCAGAGUUUGGAAUGACAGUCGAAGACAAGCUUGGCAGCAAAUAUUUUCAUAAAGGCACCAACAUUCUUGAAAAUGAAAGCCAAUUUUGGAGCCUAAUUCUAAAAAUUUCAGAAUUUCAUGAUAGUACAUCAUCUAGGACCAGUAGGAGACAGGGUAGAUUUAGCAACAAAGGCGAGGAUGCGGGUAUGAACGCGGGGAAUAAAGAGCGUGCGAAAGACGACAAUUUAAUUGAAGCCAGUAUCAACAAGAUUUUAAGUGAACACAAUGUUUUUAUUCACAACCGUGACUUAGUUUGCUUUGCAAUCCUUACCAAUUAUUUGGUACACCCGUCCUGGGGCGUAUUGGAAAGAAAUUACCAUAAAACAAAGCAGGAUACGGAUAAUAAUGAUAAUGAUAAUGAUAAUGACCAAUCUGAUGAAAGGUAUGAAACACUAUUGCACAAUGAAGAUAUGUUCAGUAAUUUUUUGACAUCCUUUGAAGCACACAAAUCAGAUAUGGAAUCGCGAAACGCUAGCCAAAACAAUACAGAGUCCCACAACACUAGUAAAAAUGACGCACAACACAAAUUAUUAUUUGACAUCAUAACUUGUUUAGUGAGUAGGGAUAUCAACACCUUCAUAAACAUAAUCUAUGAUAAUGCAGAUGAAAUCAAUCCAAGUCUUUUUGACAUUUUUAGCGGCGCACUUUUAGAUAAUUUCAUGGUAAAUUUUUUGACAUCUCAGGUUUCACACUACGGCACUCUACUGCGUGUCACUCUUAGUCAACUUGUUAUCAUUUUUAAUAAUCUAUCUACCCCCAUAGAUUGUUUAUGGGCUGAACUGAUCAGUGAGGACAUCGAAAUCAGAGAGAAGAAUAAUUUAAUUUGGGGCCUUUUACAAGGAUCCUUGAAAAAUCCUGAUAGCAUUUCAGAAGAAGAGAAAAAGAAAUUGUUGAUUGAUUUUCUUGAGGAUCAUGGACGUACUAUCGGUGAUUUAAAUGAGGAUAAUACCAUUCUUGAAUUCCGUUUUGGCUCAGCUAAAGAAAAUGCUAUGAGAUCUUUAAAAAGGUGA